UUGUCCUGUUAGCUAGCUAACCCCUAACCAAACACUCAGUCUUCAUUCAGUGGCUUAAAGUAGACAAGUAUGUAUCUGUAAGACUUCGUGUGACUCAGCGAUAUGAACAAAUGUCAACUAGGGUAUAAAAGCAAACAACACUUCCAGGUAGAGCUGAUUAGCUUGGAAUACGUAGAAACAUGAGGUGGGACUGUGUGCCGUAAACAGACACAGACCGCCUCAUACAGGUAGGUGUUAAAUAUCAAUAUGAAAAUAAAUCAGUCCUAAUAAUCAAUCUUGACGUGAGCGGAAAUAGUAAAUGUUCUGAAUAAUACCAAAGUACUGUCUGCAUUUAGGUAAAAUUMUUCUCCAAUUAGUGGCAAAUACAUUGUUUUUGUGUUUUGAAGGGUAAAAGCUAUCAAAAAAAAAACUCUUGAUUAUUGAAGGUAGCCACCAACUAACUGAAAAAUAAAGUUUUAAAAAAUUUUGCCUCCCCAUAUUAGUUUAGCUAAUAUGCAAAUUAGCUUUUUUUUUUUUUUUUUUUUUUAAACAUACAGUUACUGAAGGAAACUGUUAAACAACCAGUAAAUGUGACUUUACUGUGAGAGUUAGAGUUUGUUGUUGGAUCCCAGCGUAGUCGGCAGGAGGAACCCGCUGCCGUUCCCAGCCCCGGAAACGUCUGUCCCCCCUCAGGCCUGAACACAAGCAGCWAAACUUAAAGCAGCAUUCAUGUGAAAAAGAUAAGACACUUUAUUGACUAAAAGUCUGCUGCUCAAAACCUUCCAUUUUCUUCAGAUGCGUCUAUUUCUCACGUUUUCAUUGUGAUUUUUGUUGGCUUGCUUUUUUAAAGCUUUUUGGAGAAAUACUACAAGAAAUAUAGUUAAUAUUUUAAUUUAACUAUUUUUCUUGCUGAGGAAAGAGCGAGUGCAGUCUUCACCCGGCGUAGUUGAACUAACCCGUUAUCCGCCCACCGGUCUGUAGUAUCGCUUUAUUAAGGAGGAUGGCUCCCCUCCUCACUUUAAUGUUUGAGAUGUUKCUUGCAUCAUCUUAUGUUAUCAUAAAGCUUCUCCUAUUAAAUCUGSACUUUGACUAGACCAGAACUUUCUAUUUCUUAACUUCAGCCCAUCUUUGAUGGAGCUCCCGGUAUGAAUAUACUUAAUCUUUUUUUUUACUGCUAGUCUAAUAAUAAUCUYAAACAAAAACCCUCUAAUAAAUGAUAGAACACUUGAUGGGUUCUAUGAUUGCUUUCCCAAACCAUGACACUUCCACUUCCAUGCUUUAUAGCUGCUGUGAGGUUCUUUUCUUGGCAAGCAUGUCCUCUUUUCUUGCGUCCAAAUAACUUUAUUCCUAUCUUUCUGAAGAACAUCAUUCCAGACGUUCUGGUCUUUCUCUGCUCUCUCAACACCGGUCACUGGUGUGCCUUUUGUGCCUGGUUCUGUCCCAGUCAGGCUAGUCAUUCUGGUUGCUUAACUGGUUUUUCUCAGUGAGACAAUCUGUAUGUUUAAAAUGUUGCUUCAGAMAUAAAUGCUAAAUAUCAGGAAGCAAUUGCUAAAUGCUCUUGUUAAAUGCAGCUUCCUCUCUCGACCAAUCGCUCGCAGCCGUUUUAGCAAAACAUAUCUAAUAACGUUCUUUUCCCUCCCCAGCUUCGUAUUUGGUUGGAUUUUUAUCACAGAAGCUUAUGUUUUGUAUUUCAGACCAUUUCCCUCUUGAACAUUUACCUUCAUAACCUUCAAAACUGCCCAGUCCGCUGAUGGUUUCCACUGUGCCGUGAGCGAUGUGGAAAUGCAGGAACAUUACGACGAGUUCUUUGAGGAGGUGUUCACAGAGAUGGAGGAGAAGUAUGGAGAGGUGGAGGAGAUGAAUGUCUGUGAUAACCUGGGUGACCACCUUGUCGGCAAUGUCUAUGUGAAGUUUCGACGUGAGGAGGACGCAGAGAAAGCGGUCAUGGACCUGAACAACCGCUGGUUCAACGCCCAGCCCAUCCACGCAGAGCUGUCCCCGGUUACCGACUUCAGAGAAGCCUGCUGCCGCCAGUACGAAAUGGGGGAAUGCACCCGAGGAGGAUUCUGCAACUUCAUGCAUCUGAAGCCCAUCUCACGGGAACUCCGCAGGGAGCUCUACGGCCGCCGCAGGAAAAAGCACCGCUCUCGUUCCCGCUCCCGAGAACGGCGCUCCCGCUCCAAGGAUCGACGGCGGGGCGAUCGCGAGAGGCGGAAGUCCAGAGACCGGGAGCGGUCUGGGAGGUUCUGAAAGAGGCCGAGGCUGAUGCAUUCAAUCCCCUACUUCCUAAUCCCAGCAAUGUUUUAUUUUGUUUWGUUUUUUUUCUUUUUUGUUUCGGUGAAUUGUUGAAACUGUUAUUUUCUUUUAUUCACUUUUUUUAAAAGA